GAAAGCGGUGCCGCCCGCCGGCCGCAGGCACGGCGGGUGCCCGGCGUUUCCCCGCCUCCUUGCCUUGGGUUUCCCUAAAUAAGGCAGACGAGCGGUGUGUAGCUCCGCCGCACCUCCUUGCACGUCCUUCCCCAGAUAGGGCCUCCCCGGUCCCCCGCCGCCCGCGCCCCCGCCUGGGCUGGGCGCGCCAUCCCCACAGCGCAGCCUGUGUAGCCUCCGCAUCUCGGUCCCCGGCCCCUUCCCUGUCGCCCCGCCGCCCGAGCGGUCGCCGCCCGUUCCGCCGUUCCUCCGCUGCCAGCACCAUGGGCAGUGAGCAGAGCUCCGAGGCCGAGAGCCGACCCAACGAUCUGAACUCCUCAGUGGCCCCUUCUCCAGCUAAGCAUAGAGCCAAGAUGGAUGAUAUUGUGGUUGUAGCUCAGGGCUCCCAGGCCUCACGGAAUGUCAGCAAUGAUCCCGAUGUCAUCAAGUUGCAAGAGAUUCCAACCUUCCAGCCACUUUUGAAAGGGCUGUUGAGUGGCCAGACUUCUCCAACAAACACCAGACUGGAGAAGUUGGAUUCUCAGCAGGUGCUGCAGCUCUGCCUCCGUUAUCAGGAUCACCUCCGUCAGUGUGCAGAGGCUGUUGCUUUUGAUCAGAACGCUUUGGUCAAACGAAUCAAAGAGAUGGAUCUGUCUGUAGAAACCCUCUUUAGCUUCAUGCAGGAGCGCCAGAAAAGAUACGCCAAAUACGCCGAGCAGAUCCAGAAGGUCAACGAGAUGUCGGCCAUCCUGCGCCGCAUCCAGAUGGGCAUCGACCAGACGGUGCCGCUGCUGGAGCGGCUCAACAGCCUGCUGCCCGAGGCCGAGCGCCUGGAGCCCUUCAGCAUGAAGCCCGACCGCGAGCUCAGGCUGUAGCUGCCUCCCCCCACCGGCUGUGGCCCGGGGACUGCCAGGGCCCCAGGACGCUUGGAACCAAAGGCGUCAGAGGUGACCGAAGGCCACGGGGGGUGUUGACGCUCCCUGAGGGCACGGGAAGCAGUCCAGCCGCCCUGGAGACUGCGAUGCCCCCGCCCUUCCCUUGACGCGCUCUCCCUCUGCGAAGCCAGCAAACCUACUCUCAGUGGUCACCGAAGUUGGAAUGUUUGAACUAUUAGGGAUUCUUUACAGAACUCUGCCUUGGGACUUAUUUUUAUUUUGCGUAGUUUUUUUUUUUUUUUAAUUGACAGUGUAUAUUAUCUAGUCUAGCUUGCAGACUGACAAUAUGAAGAGAAGGGGAGAAAUAUUUUAAGAAGCUCUGUGUCCUUGACGCCUUCGUGAAAUUUUUCUCAGUAGGCUGUCUUGUGGGUUGUAAACAUAAAGAACUAAUUUAAUCCA